AGAAGAGAUGGACUGCGUGUUCUCUGAUGGUGCUUAGCUUAUGUCGUAAUUUUAUGUGAAUAAAAGUCUGUCAUGCAGGCUGUCAUUUUGUGGGACAUCUAUAUCAGCUUUCUUUGUUGUGCAAUGAAAAUGAUACCUGGUCACAGCUGAGCAGGGCUAUUGGACAAGGUAACAAUGGUGUCACUGGGAAGAAACUCCUUCCAAGUAUUUCGUGCUAUAACUGGGAUUAGGUUUGGAUCAUGUCUGUACUUGGAGAAAAAGACCUGCAUAUUUGGUGGUUUGGGAUCUGUCCAGAAGCAAUGUUUAAAAUAUCAUUAUGGUUGUGGUGAUUCACGUCCCAGUGUCAUCAGUCCAAAGAAGACUGUAUCUCCACGGGAGUUCUCAAAAUUUUCCAAGGCAGUGGAUCAUCAGAAAGGUACUGUAGACACGGGACAGUUAGACAUAACAGACGUGACCACUUUGGUCACAGAGAUUUUGACAGACUGUGCACAGAAUGAUAUAAUGGUACAGUCAUUAAAUAGACUUGCAGUUACAGACUUGGUGGAAGAUCUGCUACUGAAAGGCUGGUCACCUACCUUGACCAGAAAUAUGUUGGUGUCAAGUCCCAAUUUGCUGAAAAGGUCAAAGACCCAGAUGUCCAAACUAGUUGAUCUAUUUCUUGUUUACGGAUUUACUAACAAUCAGACAGCACUGAUUUUAAAGAGUGGAGUUGCCACGAGUAUGAAGACAAAUCGGCUAAAGGAAGGUUUUGAUGCCUUUCGCAAAAUUGGAAUGAGAGACCAAAAGUUGCCUAGGAUUUUAUCAAACUUCCCUGAACUUCUGACACAAGAUCCAUCUGCUCUUACCCACCGCGUGACACUCUUGAAAGAGCUGUUCAAAACUGAUGAUAUCGUGCCUCUUAUUGUUGGGUCUCCGAACAUUGUGUUUGAGGACUGGUCCAACAUUUUAAAACUCUUCCGGUAUGUAUUUUUUGAUAUGGGAAUUAAGCAGCGGCAGAUGGUAACCUCAAAGCUGUUUAGCUAUUCCUUAAACUUUGUCCGAACCCGCCAUAUAUUUCUCGUGCGAGCUGGAUUUCAUGUCCGCCCCAGGAAAGAAGAUGACCCCGUGCGCAAUACAAAUCCUCGCCUUUCUGAUAUACUAGAUACUUCUGAUGCGCACUUCGCCAAAAUGUUUGGCCAUAUGUCUCUUAAAGAUUACAAAGCUUUUGCAGCUAUGAUGGAACGUGAGUUUGACAAAGAACAUCAGACGGGAAAUGACUCAAGUAACGAAGAUGAAUGAGCAGAAUUUUUGUAAUGAACGUAAUGACAUUUAUAAAUAACUGUAGUAUCACAGACACAAAUUGAGUGUGUUUUUUCCCCUUAUGUCAUGAAACUACCUGUUGGGUGUCUUCGACACAAUACUUGGAAUGUGGCAACAGUAUUGUAUUGACAAGCACUCUCCCUGUACAACACCUAAGACUUUAAAAGAGGAAGUUGUAACUUCCUCGCUUGGCAUUCAGCAUGAAGGGGAUAGUGCAACGACUGGUUGACCCGUGUCAGUAUAAUGGCUCAGUGAAGCAGCACUAGAUUUAUAGAGUGGUGGAAAUCCGUCCUGCGACAAAGAGGCACAUUACAUACACCCUAAGGAUUCCUUCAUCGUCAUAUGACUGAAAAAUUGUUGAGUAUGACGUUAAACCCCAAGCACUCACUCACUCACCCUCCCUACUAUAGAAGAAAACACAAUAUAUAUGAUCUCAUCGUUUGACUGAAAAAUUGUUAAUUUAUGUUUCGAAACAGACAUUUGUAUAACAGACAUCGACCAAUAAGGAUGUUUCAGGUUUGUAAUUGCAAGACCAAGUCUUCAUGCCACGUAUAGCACAAACCACCAAAGAACUACCAAAGUACAAAAAUAAGACGGAAUCAUGCAAAGAGAAAUAUGUAUUUCAGUCACGUUUUGAUUACACUGGUGAAUAUCAAAAGUAUAUCCAAGGUAUAUUCAAAGUGGCAAUCUAAUUGAACACGAUGAAAAAACAGCCCCUAGCCCCGAGUUAAGCAGAAUUAGACACAGUUAUGGAGCAUAGUCAGAGAUUCUGGACUCUCUGUACAUAUUUACUUACAAGUGAAUUAUACUCAUUGUAAAACUUAAGAAACUUGGAGUGAAGGGGUUUGAUGGAAUAACCUUGACACAAAGCUUAAGUACAAUGUUAAACCCCAAGCAUGCAUAUAUGUGCAUACAUGAAACUAGAACUGCAUGCAGUUAUACAGCUUCCAAACGGUCUGUACACACAGCUUUUAACAUCCACUGAAAAGCAUUCCACUUUCUCCACCAUAGACCACUCUAAUCUAUUAGUUCUGUGCUCUUCUGAAAAGGAUCCCAGGUUUGUCUCAUACGAGCAAAAAAAUAGAUGUAAAACAUAUUGGACAAUAAACUUUGCAAACGAGUGAAUUGCAUGUAUCUUGACGUCCUUAUCACAAAUCUGGUCUUAUUUUUUCCCCUGCAAGAUGUACUUAUGUAGCAAAUUGCCAUCCAAAAUUUGCAAUUUUCCCCCAUAUUUUUUGGUGACACGACAGAAAACUACAGCUGUAAAGUUUAAAAUUGCUGAGUGGAAGGGAUUAUAUAUGUACUGUAUGUAUGCUGGAAAUAUGCGAGCUGUCUUAAUACAGGAUAUACAGGGCUUCAAAAUUUGACAAAAGGCCAAUUUACUAUAUUUUGGCACAUUUAUAGUUAUAUGUUAUAUAAUGCAUAUACACUCUAUUCAUGUCUAGGAUGAAUGUAGAAAUAUUGUAAGGAUGCCACCCGGCAUAGUUUGAUGUCCUGAUCAUGAACCCAGUCAUAUUUUUUUCUUGCGAUGUUAUUUUGCAAUAUCCCCCAUUUUUUGCAGGUCACAUGACAGAAAACUAUUAGAGCUCUAAGUCUGAAAAUCGCUGUGUCAUACAUGUGCUGUAUAUACGGGGAAAAUUGUUGACCUGUUUUAAAGUAAUGUAGAAUAAUGUCCCAAGGCAGAUUUACCUCAUUUCGCACAUUUACAUAUACAUGCUAUGUGGUGUAAUACAAUGUAUCAAUGGUUUCGAAGAAUAUGUAUCAUGUUCUUUUAAUUAUCUGGUUUGCACUGUAGUUGCGAUUGGGUCGCCCAGUGCCAUUACAACCCAAAGUUGUGCAUGUAUUUCUGAAAGUCAGCUUUGUUUUGCGCAAACCAUGUCUUCUUUACUGCACGCUACCCAGGCCCCGAUGAUUGACAGAUAUCUACAUGUGCCCUGGUCCAGGUGUUCGGUUCCUGACAACGGCCGAGCUAUUAGUAAAGCAGUCAGUCUGUGCAUGGCAGGUCGUGGAUUCAUACGUGGACGUAUAAACUUGCUGUUACAAGAUCCAUACUUUUUGCGUUAUUUCUUACAAAUAGGCAUCCACAUUCUGAGAAGAGGUCGCAGUUUCACAUUGGGCAUAGCGCAGCAUCAUCAAGCUCGCCGAUCUAUUCGCGGGUUUGCGAAUGGUCGGCCAACUGCCUCAUUGAUAAACGGUGUAAGGUCGCAUUGAAAGUUUCAAAGCCGUGUAUCUGGUUAUGUAUUUAUUUUCGACCGAUAACUUAUGCGCUCGUAUGAAAGAUAUAAGUGUAGAGAAAAUGUGUAUGGAAAUUUGAAGUGAAAAUUGGGAGUGCCUCAUGGAUUUAGUGAGAUAAAUAACAAAGAGUAGAUAGUAAGGGAGAUGCUGGCAAAAUUUUUCC